UCAGCGGAGUUUCUCCAUCUGUCAGUCCAGGAGCUGGAGGGAGUUUGAUGGGGGACAGUGCCACUGGACACGGGAGCCAUGAUAUUCUGACGACCCCCCCGUCAACCGACCUCCGGUGAACACUUCCCCCGACGCCGGGAAGCCGCCACCUUGGCCCCGUUAUACCUGUUAGCCGCUUUUCCACUGACAACCACCGGGAACAACACCCACUCCGCCCCGGGAGAACCCACCAUGCUAACCUCGGCUAGCCGCUGCUACCACACCUCGCUAUGUGGUCAGUGUUAGACUUUAAACCAGCAGCGUCGAGCGCGGGAAUCUCCUCGUAACUAACACUUUGAUUUAUCAGUUCUUAAAACCAGUUUGUUUAAAAGUUAGCGGCGGUUUAGUUUCCCUCCCCGCGGCGCCUGAGAGCGAGUGAGUCGUUGCUUUUGAAAAAUGGGACUACACCCGCUGGAGUUCAGCGAGUGCUACCUGGACAGCCCCGGCUUCAGGGACAAAAUCAAGGUCCAUGAGGCGGAGCUGGACAAAACCAACAGGUUCAUCAAGGAGCUGUACAAGGAUGGAAAGAGCCUCAUCAAUGCCACGAAGCAGCUUGGGAUGGCACAGAGAAAGUUUGCCCAGUGCCUGGGAGAGUUUCAGUUUGAGUACAUCGGAGAUGCAAAGACAGACGAUGAGAAAUGUAUUGAUGAGUCUUUGCAAGAGUUCUCCGUAUUCCUUAAGAACCUAGAAGACCAAAGAGAGCUGAUGAUGAGAAACAUCACAGAAACGUUAAUGAAACCCCUGGAGAAGUUUAGGAAAGACCAUCUCGGUGUAGUAAGGGCGGAAAGAAAGAAGUACGAGAAAGAGACAGAGAAAUACUACAGCUCUCUGGAGAAGCUUCUGAACAUGUCGGCGAGGAAGAAGGAGCCACAGCUACAAGAGGCAGACUUCCAGGUGGAUGGCAUGAGGCAGCACUUUCAGGAGGAGUCACUGGACUAUGUCUCCAAACUACAGGAGAUCCAGGAGAGAAAGAAGUUUGAGUGUGUGGAGCCGAUGCUGGCCUUCUUCCAGACAGUCUUCACUUUUUAUCACCAGGGCUUUGAGCUUGCCAACGACUUUGACCAUUAUAAAAGGGCCCUGCAGAUCAAUAUUCAGAAUACAAGGAAUCGAUUUGAGGGUACACGGUCAGAGGUGAAUGAGCUAAUGAAGAGGAUCAGGGAGGCACCUCAAGAAUACAGACAGACCACCCCGAUCAGCUGUGAAGGCUACCUCUAUGUACAAGAAAAAAGGCCACCUCCCUUCGGUUCAAGUUGGGUCAAACGCUACUGCACAUUCGUCAAAGAGCAGAAGAUCCUGCACAUGGUGACCUUCGACCACAGAUCUGGUGGGAAGAUUGGGGAGACAGAGUCUGUCACGCUCAAAUCCUGCCUCCGCAAAACAACGGACGUGUUGGACAGGAGGUUCUGCUUAGACCUCGACAUAACCGAUCGCCCAGGGACGGUGCUUACAGUACAAGCCCUGUCAGAGGAUGACCACAAGUUCUGGAUGCAGGCCAUGGGUGGGAAGGAGCCUAUAGGACACUACCUUGGAAGAACUUAUUCUAAAGAAAGAGGAAUUGAUGCCCAGCUGGAUGAACUGGGUUUGGAUUUCGUGAAGAACUCCAUCAGCGCCAUAGAGACGAGAGGUAUUAAUGACCAGGGACUGUACAGAGUUGUUGGUGUGAGCUCCAGGGUCCAGAAGCUCCUCUCAUUAAUGAUUGAUGAGAAGAGCAACGAAGUGGAUCUGUCCGCCAGCGAGGACUGGGACGUUAAGACAAUAACAAGUGCACUGAAGCUGUAUCUGAGGAGCCUUCCCGAGCCGUUGAUGACCUAUGGACUUUACAAAGAGUUCAUCAGCCUAGCGAAGGGUGGUAGUCCAGAGACUCGCAUCCAAGCUGUCCACUGUCUGGUCCACAAUCUACCGGAGAAGAAUCGACAAGUCCUCGGGCUGCUUAUGAAGCAUCUGGCCAAAGUGGCGGCCCACAGCAAGCAGAAUCUGAUGACCGAGGCGAACCUGGGCGUGGUGUUUGGCCCCACAUUGAUGAGGCCACAGGAGGAGACGGUCGCUGCCAUCAUGGAUCUCAAGUUCCAGAACAUCGUGGUGGAAAUCCUAAUUGAACAGAAUGAAAAGAUCUUUGCAGAUGCACCCGAGUCAUGCCCUCUUUCACCUGAUGCCCCAGUAUUCUCCGCUCCCACAAGGCUGUCCAAGAAACAGAGUCGACAGAAUCGGCCCCUGGCUGUCUACAAUCCACAAGCCCUAGACAUUCAGAAUGUGUCACUUGCAGUCGGAGACAGUUCCAACCUAGCCACAGAUGAGACCUCAAUGGGCAGCAAUGAGUCAGUGUCGUCCCAGUCAUCGUCAACGUCGGCCUCAGAGACGCCUACAGAGCGCAGUGACCAUCCCCCGCCUAAGACCAGCUUUAGCCCAGGCAGCCACUCCAGAUCCAUAGCAGCUUUGUUGUCCACACCUGGAACAUCUGGAGAGAAUCAGUCUUCUGCCACCUCGGACAAAGAAAAGACAGAUGAAAAUGUCACCAGAAGGAAAGCCAAGGCUGUGUACCCAUGUGAGGCUGAGCACGACUCUGAGCUCUCCUUCCAGGUCGGCGCAAUAUUCAACGCCGUGACCCAGUCGAGAGAGCCGGGCUGGCUGGAGGGGGACCUGGAGGGAAGGAGGGGCCUCAUCCCGGAGAACUAUGUGGAGUUCCUGUAGCCGCCCCACACGGAAAUAUUUAUGGACAAGUUAUCACCUUCACUGGGAAACGUGUGCAGACGUGUGCAUGCACCUCAACUCUUGACAUUCACAGUAGAGCCUUGUUUAUCCCCCCCCCCCGAACCCUCUGAAUUCUGUCUGCAAGUGAUGAUCAUCACCGGCGGACGACUCCUGAUACAUUACUCUCGUGUUUCGCUGGCUAGUAGACGUUGUGAUGCAUGUGCGUGUGUUUCUCUGUUUGAAUUCAGUUUUCGAUAUUCACUUGAAUUUCAGCUUGGUAGUUCCAAUAAUGGGCUCGCACUUACGAUGUUCUGCUGUAUACAAAGAUGCUGUCGCCUCCACACAUCCUGGUAACUUUGUAGCAGCAGCGGGAGACCAAACGUCUCUCUCUCUCUCUCUAUCUCUCUCUCUCUCUCUCUCUCUCUCUCUCUCUGUGUGUGUGGAAGGCCUCGCUCUCCCCUCUCUGCCCCGUUAUACAUGGUAUCCAUGAGUCAAAGAGCGAUUCUCAGACACUGUCAGCGCUCAAGUCACUGUAGCUUCCCACCCUUUUACUUUGUUGACAAAUGCUGCACACCCAUUGGUUGAGAGAUAAGCCAUACCCUGCGUGCCUUCACCACCACGGCACCUCCUGUAAAGGUAGGGCUGUGUAUGAAACUGAAUGAGAGUGUUACUGCUUUCACUUAUAAACCAAUGCUGCAUUUUUAUGUUAUUUUAAGAUUAUUGUGAUAUUUUCGAAGAUGAGGCACGUUGCUACUGCAGUUUUAUUUUUUGUAAUUGGCACAGUGAUUGCAUGUUCUUUGAAUUUUUAAUACACCCCUGUGCUGUUUUGUUCUUGGUGCACUCCUCUACAGAAACACAGUGAAUCUCUUUGAUGCACCGAUGAAGUCUUUUGUGUUCCGACACGUUCAACAGAGGUCGAUUUCAAAAGAUUGUGUCGAUGAGAACCAAGUAUUUCUUCUUGUCAGAACGAUCUGUUGUUUGUUUUAAGCUUCUUUUUUUUUUCUUCUUUUUUAACGCUGCUCAGUUUCCUCUGAGCCGAGAAAUGAGAAACUCCCACAAAGUUGAAAUUUCUGUUUGAAUUUUACCAUCAUUUUAUCUUCAACUUCUGUGGAACAAGUUGAUUUCAGUAAGUUGUAUUAUCCAAAUGUCCACGUAUAUAUCCUAAAAGAGUCAUGACUGCCAAGUACGUUCUCAAAAUCUCCGUUAAGAUUUCACCGGUUUGAGUUUUUCCCCACGUCACGUUAUAUUCCAUCCCUCAGCUCCUCAAACGAGACACUUUGAGAGCUGUGGUUCAAGUUCAUGUUUUCAGUUGCAGUUGCAAUCAUUUCAAGAGAUUUGUAAAGGGCCUUGACUUCUCUUCCUCUCGAUCAAUGUAAAACAAAUAAAGAUUGUUUUUGUCCUUUA